AGCCCCGCCCGGUCUCGCGGCAUUGAAAUGCGCCUCCUGCGUCAUGUGUCAUGUCAGACGCGCGAGCUGCUCCUGACAGCUCUUCACCUCGGUCUGCGGAUUGGAACACAAUGACUUCGGCUGAAUCGGUUUGCUCGGGCGGAGGGCAGCGCUCGAUGGCCGGCGCGUUGCCCAGGAGGAGCGCGUCUUCCACCCAAACUCCCCACGAGUCCUUUGACACGUCGCUCGCGAAUGCCGAGGCAGCGCACGAAGACGCUUUUAGAGCUCACGAGCGUCUCACGGGAAGGAGCAGAUUUAAUGGCACCCCACCAGAUCAGCACCACGCUCACACACCGAUGGAAAAAUACAUGCCACCACAGUUUCAGACUGUGCCAGAGCAUAAGAAGUAUAAUCAGAGCGGCUACAUGACCAUGGACCAAGGACCCUACAGCAUCAACAUGAACGUCUUCCUGCCCGACGUCCCAUAUCUGCGUACAGGUCUCUGUCGACCUACAAGGCCCACACUGGGACCCCAACAAAUGAAACCAUCACCCAUGCAUACAGUUAGCUACCCAAGCUGCAACAACACCAUCCCAUCAGCUCCUCCCCCCUCAGAAUACACACACCACUUCAGCCAAACGUGCAGCACUGCGUUCAUCAAGCAGGAGACGCCGGAGCUUGACUACCAAGAAGUUCCACUGUUCCAGCUUCUAAAUUCAGACCUAGACCCUCCAGCGCAUGGUCCCCACUCUGGCGUUUGCUCACCAAUAUCAUCAUACAACAGCAUGAAUUCAUCCAUUGCUCGGAUUGCAAGAAGACCCAUGUGUGAUAUGAGCAGAUGUGGGUCAUCACCUGCUGGUCACUUUGGUCAGCAUCAUCAGCAGCCGAAUGUGCCAUACCUUCCCCCUUCCCCUCCAAACUCCGAGCCCAGCAGUCCUGACAGGAGAAAAGAACUCUUGCACAAGCUGUCACCACCUCCCUCUUAUGCUGCCAGUAUUGCAUCUAAACUGGUAGUGCCAGCUUUAGGCCCUCAAGCAUCCGUACCAGUACAAACACAAGCCGUGCCUGCCAGGCAUAACCGCAGGAACAAUCCUGAUCUAGACAAAAGAAGGAUACAUCACUGCAAUGUCCCAGGCUGUAAGAAAGUCUACACCAAAUCCUCCCAUCUGAAGGCACACUUACGGACUCAUACAGGAGAGAAGCCGUACCAGUGCUCCUGGGAGGGAUGUGAUUGGCGUUUCGCCCGCUCUGAUGAGCUGACACGCCACUUCAGAAAGCACACGGGUGCGAAACCCUUUCACUGCUCUGUGUGCAGCCGCAGCUUCUCGCGAUCUGAUCACCUGUCCCUGCACAUGAAGAGACACCAGAGCUAGGAAUACAAUGACAUCCUGGCUUUCAUAACUCUCUUUCUUUUUUUUUUGUCAGUUGAACUUGGGUGUGUUGGGUUUGAUUUGGAUUUGGCAGCUCAUGAGGCACAACUGUGUAACCUCAUGAAAUACAAACAAAACCUAGCUGGGAGUUUUUUUUCAUCAGCUGUUUUGUUAAUUAAUAGUCGUACUAGUAGUAUUCUUUUUUUUUUUCUUUCAAAAAAAUGUGCCUUUUCUAUAUUAUCAAUCUUAAAAGUCACUUUCAAUGCUAAUAUAUUCUUAAGCCGAAUGCACCAAAGAGUGCAUUUCACUUUUGUCUUAGUGAAAUCGAAAGCUCAAAUUAUUUGGAAAACCCUGAGGCGUUAAACAGAUUAACGAACAUUUUCAAACAGCAAUUCAAUUACAAAAUACUUUUCGUAAAUUCUUGUGGGGAAAAAAGUGAACAAGAAAUUGAAUUUAAAAUAACAAAACUGAAAAACGUCACUUGUUUCUGUCACAGCUAAGCAAUGUAAACCAUUUUUAGGUGUUUUUUUUUUUUUUUUUUUUACUAGGAAGAGAUUUUAUUCUAAUUCAAAGCACAUAACAGAAACUAAAAUUGUUUAUAUGAAAUUUUUAAUAUUUCUAUUUGGGGUUUAAGUAGCUUUAUGUGUAAAUAUUGUAAUUCAUUUAUUCUAUUAUUUAUUUUUUUCAGAUUUAAAUUUUUUACAGUAUAAAGUACUUCUCUAUGCACUUAUGUGAAUAGAGCUACGGGAAUGAUGGUUUUAAUGAUAAAACGUAAACUUUUAGAUGGGUUAAGAGAUACAUGAUAGUUUUGAAUAACACUUCGUUUUAUACAUUUCAGGAUUUCAGUGCUUUGUAUCUGUUGAAUGUGAUCAUUAAUGUUUUUAGAUCUUCGGUUGAAAGCCUGCUCUCCUAGUGACAACCUAAUAAUAAUAGAGGAGAUCAUAUAAUGAAUAAAAUUCCGAAGAAGGACCGUAA